CUGAAGACUGCGAUCACAAUGGCGGGAACGAUCACAACAUAACAUAAAUCAAAAAGGAUUAUUUAGGAACUAGGUUGAUUUUAGCGGAAGUUAUCUGAAUUGUCGACGAAGCAGUCCCCAAAUAUAACAAUGGAGUUUUCAGACAAGCCAUCUCCAAAAAAUGUCGAAGCACUCCUUUGUGCCCCGACAGAAGAAAACGUGUCAAUCGAAAGGAAAAGUUGUAAAAUAAUCGCAAAUCAAGGCAAAUAUAAAUUGAAGGACAAGAACUUCUUGCGCCAGUAUGCACACAUUUAUUCAGAACGGCUUCUAACAAUGCGUCCUAGCUUGGAAGCUGCAGCGAAGAAGAAAUGGGGCAAUGAUGUAUGCACAAGGAAAUUGCAUGAGCUGAAAAGUGAUGAGAAAUGUGUGGUUGUUGGAACACUGUUUAAACAUAUGGAACUUCAACCUAGCAUAUUGAAAGAAAUAAGUGAUGAGCAUGGAUUAAUGCCUCAACAAAUAUCAUCUAAAUUUACAAGCCCAGAGGAUAAACUUAUUUUGGAAGAUGAGCUUCAAAGAAUCGUACUUGUUGGUGAACUUAAAGUGGAAACAUCUGUGACAGGUGUGAUAGUAGCUGUUUAUGGAAAAGAACCUGAGGAUGAUAAAGGCAAGUUUCAUGUGGAGGAUUACUGUUUUCAGGAAUUACCGAAACAAAGUCCACUUCCUGAACUUGAUACAGAAAAGUAUCUAGCAUUUGUCUCUGGAAUAGAGAUAGGGUCUAAAGAAGAACAACAAUUUGCAUUACAAAUGUUUGUUGACAUGGUAACAGGUCAACUUGGUGACCCAGGACAGCAGGAAGGGACAGGGAAUAUUGUGGGUGUGGUCAUAGCUGGCAACUCCCUUAGUAAAGAUACACAGUCAAAAGAUAGCUUAACAAAGGCAAAAUAUUUAACCAAGAAGACUGUAGCAGGAAGUGUUGAUGCUAUAAAAUCUCUAGAUGAUAGUCUUGUACAACUUGCAGGAAGUACAGAGGUAAUAUUGAUGCCUGGAGAGUAUGAUCCGACCAACUUCACCUUGCCACAACAGUCACUACAUAAGUGUAUGUUCCCACAGGCAGCCAGAUACCCUACUCUACAGUGUGGUACAAAUCCAUACAGUGGAACUGUUGAUGGAGUAAAAAUCUUAGGUACUUCAGGACAGCCAGUGAAUGAUAUAUACAAAUACAGUGAAUUGAGUGAUGGUUUAGAGAUAUUAGAUAAGACACUAGAAUGGGGACAUCUGGCACCUACAGCUCCAGAUACUCUAGGUAGGUCUGAUAAUAAAACAUGUGAUUAUAUACUUGUAUCAUAGUUUGGGAACCUUUCUGUUGAAAAUUGUUAGAGUUAAAUCGUAAACAUAUAAAUGCACAGUGCGUUAACUGUAGUGCAAGUAUUAGUUACCCACACUCCAGAGCAGGCCCAUUGAUUAGCUCAUUUUUGCUGGGGUUUACUUAUUGUGAAGGCAGAGAAAGUGAAAGCGAUAGAAAUAUCAUAUUCAGAUGCUCGUUCAUUGGUUACUUUUUAGCUCACCUGUCACAAAGUGACAGGGUGAGCUUUUGUGAUCGCUUUUCGUCCGGCGUCCGUCCGUCCGUCCGUAAACUUUUACUUUAAAUGACAUCUCCUCAUAAACCACUAAGCCAAUUUCAUCCAAACUUCACAGGAAUGUUCCUUUGGUGGUCACCUUUAAAAAUUGUUCAAAGAAUUUAAUUCCAUGCAGAACUCUGGUUGCCAUGGCAACCGAAAGAAAAAACUUUAAAUAUCUUCUUUUAAAAAACCCUAAGAGCUAGAGCUUAGAUAUUUGGCAUGAAACAUCUUCUAGUGAGUGUCUACCAAGUUUGUUCAAAUAAAAGUCCUGGGGUCAAAAUUGGCCCCGCCCCAGGGGGUCAUUGAUUUUCCCUAUAUGCAUAUAGUAAAAACUAAAAAAAUCUUCUUUUAAAGAACCCAAAGAGCUAGAGCUAAGAUAUUUA